AUGAUUUCUACGAUUUUCUCUUUCAGGAGACUUGUCUUCUUCUUCUCUCGUGUCCUCCUAAAACGCUCUAAAAGUGUACACAGAAACUGCAGCAAUGCUCAUGCGUCCCAGUUAAAAGUUCAAAGUUACAGUUCUCUGAUUCAAAGAUUAGAGCUAUCAAAUCACACUUUGAUCUUUGACGUUGAAGGAGCUUUGUUAAACUCUUCAUCCCUCUUUCCUUAUUUCAUGGUAGUGGCUUUUGAAGCUGGAAGCCUCAUAAGGGCUCUCAUUCUCUUCGUUUUAUACCCUGCUAUUUGUUUGGUUUCCGAAGAGACGGCCUUAAAGAUUAUGGUCAUGGUUUGCUUUUGUGGGAUAAAGAAGAAAAGUUUUAGAGUAGGAAAAUCUGUGUUGCCAAAGUUUUUCAUGGAAGAUGUUGGGAUGGAAGGAUUUGAGGUGUUGAGGAGAGGUGGGAAGAAAGUUGGAAUGAGUGAUUUGCCCCAGGUGAUGGUCGAGAGUUUCUUGAGGGAUUAUUUGGAGAUUGAAUUUGUAGUUGGAAGAGACCUAAAAGUGUUUUGUGGUUAUUUUGUCGGACUAAUGGAACACAAGAAGAAAACUGCUUUGGAAGAUAUAUGCCAUUGUCAAGAUGGGAAGAUGGCAUUCCCUUCUAUCGGAAUCAGUAGCCUCCACAAAUCUGUUGAUCAUCACACAUUCUCCCUUUGCAAGGAGAUUUACUUGGUCAGUGAAGGAGACAAGAGGAAGUGGCAUCAGCUACCCAGGGACAGAUAUCCAAAGCCACUAAUCUUCCAUGAUGGUAGAUUGGCUUUCAGGCCAACCCCAUUAGCAACUCUAGCCUUGUUCAUAUGGCUCCCAUUUGGGUUCGCACUUGCCAUCGUGAGGGCCUUUAUUGCCUUAUCAUUGCCCUACAACGUGGCGAUCCCCCUUUUAGCCUUCACUGGGAUGCAACUCAAGCUUUCAAAACACAACAGUCUCCACUCGGAUUCAAAACCAAAGGAAAACAAACCACCUAAAGGCCUUCUAUAUGUAUGUAACCACAGAACGUUACUGGACCCUCUAUUUCUUUCUUAUGGUCUGAAGAGACCUUUCACUGCAGUUACGUACAGCCUAAGCAGAUUAUCAGAGCUCUUGGCUCCAAUCAGGACCGUCCGACUAACGAGGGACAGAGAUCAAGAUGGUAAAAUGAUGGAGAACUUGUUGAAUCAAGGGGACCUGGUUGUUUGCCCUGAAGGGACCACUUGUAGGGAACCAUAUUUGUUGAGGUUUAGCCCUUUGUUCUCAGAGUUGAGUGAUGGUGUAGUCCCUGUGGCCAUGGACGCUAGUGUUAGCAUGUUCUAUGGUACAACCGCAGGUGGGUUCAAGUGUCUGGACCCAUUUUUCUUCCUCAUGAACCCAUGCCCAAGUUACACCGUUCAAAUUCUUGAUCAAGUAUGUUGUGUAUCAUCAUAUGGUGAUGGUGCCAAAUCAAGGAUUGAUGUUGCUAAUUUCGUACAAAGUGAGCUGGGGAAGGCACUGGGCUUUGAAUGCACUCGGUUUACGAGGAAGGAUAAGUACUUGAUAUUGGCUGGCAAUGAAGGGAUAGUUUCUGCUGGUGACAGACCCUAUAAUUAUUAGACACUGCAUGUAAAAUCG